CCGAGUGUCUACACGAUUUAAGCUUGAAUCUGAGGGGGUCGUCAAAACGAAAAACGAGGCGUUCACAGUUGGGCUGAGGCACGACAUAUACCCUGCACUAGACGAGGGAAGGACCCCGAACCGAUAUUUUCAUCUGGAAUAACAUCGCACAAACGACGAUCGUCACGCAUAUCUUCUUCAGAACUACCUUCUUCAGACUCAUAUAUCUUGUCAAUCAUGAAUCGAAAGACAUCUUCCCAGUCAAUCGGAAACACUGCCGCUGCCGGUCACGGUGGCGCUGGCUCUGCUCGCGGCGGUCGCGGAGGCGGCGGUUUUGCUAGGGGCGGCAAGAAGUGGCCUGCACCGUCUGCGCAGAAGGGCCCUGGCAAAGCCCAGAACCAGCAGCCGGCUGCUCCGCUCGCCAACAAGGUCUCGAAGGGGCCCGACGCCAUGACUCCCGACCAAAAGCGGCAGCAUGAAAAGGUCGUUUUCUUCCUGAACCAACUCAUCGGGCAACUCGUGCAGGUGGAGACCGAGGCCAAUGAGGUGUACCACGGGAUCUACGGGAUCCGUGAGGUGACCGACCUCGGGGUCACCCUCAAGUGCGCCCGCCUGAUCACUAAAGAAAACAAGGAGGGCAACUUUGUCAAAGUUGUGAAAAUCCCUCACAAGGAUGUGCGCCGGGUCUCUGCCGUCGCGGCGGAAGUGGCCGUAGCUGCCGGCCCGAAGGCCCAUGGAGGGGAGCGCGAAUUCUUGGCUGAUACCGCCAUCAGCGGCCAUGCUGGCGUUGUCAAGGAGCGUACGCUCCAGAAAUGGGCUCCAGAUGCCAACAAUAACCAAGCGCUCGCACUAGAAGAUGACAAGGGACGCGGCUCUUCCCACUGGGAUCAGUUCGCUACAAACGCCAAGCUCUUCGGAGUGACGAGCGACUUUGAUGAGCAUCUUUAUACCACCAAGGUGGACAGGACUAAUCCUGACUUUAAGAAGAGGGAGCAGGAGGCGAUUCGCCUGGCGAGGGAAAUUGAGCGGGGCCCAGUGACGAACUCUCACGUGGCAGAAGAACGUAACAUCGCCUUUGCCGGAAGCCAGAACAUGGACGAGGAAGACCGCUACUCCUCCGUCAUCCGCGGCUCGGGCAAGUACGUUCCCCCCGGUGCGCGCAAGAACUCGGGUCCGUCCCCUGUCCACCACAAUCAGCAGCCUCCAGUGCGCGCGUACGCGGCAGCGGCCGCAUCUGGGUCCCACACUCAAGGCCCACAGAAGAAAUUCGCUGGUGCGGGAGACCAGCAGGCCCUCCAGCACCACUCCGCCAAGCAACAACCGCAGGGGAACAAGGCCGCAGCAGUUCCCAAGCCAGCCUCACCUCCAACAUCGCCUACCCGCGUGCAAGGCCGCAUCUCGCCCUUGAAGUCCCCGGAGCCUAGGAAGCCUUCCCCACCGCAGCAGGCCGGUCGUCGCGGGAACUCUCCCCCCGCACAAGAACAUCACCAACAGAACCAGUCCCAUGUCCAGCAGCACUCGCAAGCCAAGAAGCCGCCGGCACUGAGCGCUGCCGCCAUUGCGAAGCUGCAGCAGAAGACCGGCCAGGCAAAGAUCGCUGGCCCGCCGCGUGCUGAGCCCAAGCCUGUAGAUCCCUCUGAAGUGAACAAAGUCUUCUCAGACUUUGCAAACAACGAGCGCGCCGCCCUGGCCAAACGUCGUGCUGAGGUGCAUGAGCGUGAAAAGUCGACCACGAUGCAACAGUUCAAGGCGUUUUCUGCCACAUUCAAGGUUCCCAUGCCGAUUCCGGAUGAUAUGGUGGCCCUGCUCCACAAGGGCGGAUCACCAAAGCCGGCGCCUGCCAAGGUUGAGCCGCCCAAAGUCGUUGAAAAGCCCGCUGCGCCUACCUCUGCUACUCCCCCAGCGCAUACUGCAGUCAAGGCAGCUGCGACACCGACCCCAGCCCCAGUAGUUGCCAAGACCGAGUCGGCUGCAUCGUCGGUCAAGCCGGCGGCUCAGAAAACGGAGCCAACCAAGACGGCUCCUUCCGAUAAAGUAAGCGAAAAGGCACCAUCCGUCACAGAUGCCCUCAGUGAAUCGGGGAAGACUGUUGGUGCAGGCGAUGACCAAUCUGAGAAGGGGUCGGUCGCAACCGUAGCGACUGCCGCCACGGCGCCCGUUAAAAAAUCUACAUUCAAGUUUAACGCGGACGCCGCAGAGUUCACCCCCACCUUUGCUCUCGGGGGCUCAGGUGCCCAGGCUACUCGAGACGGCAACUCGAGCGGGGAGCGGAGCCCCUACACCAACUCGAAGCGGAUCGGUGGCGGCAAAGGCGGGAACGGGUACAACAACAAUAAGGGAUUCGGAAACAAGUACCCAAAGAACCAGCUCUCGCCCCGGGCUCAAAACUUUAUGCCACCCUACGGAGAAGAAAUGUACGGUGGCCACCCGCAGGGCAUGGACCCAUCGUUUUACCCCUACAACAUGCCGACUCCGUACGGUUACCGCCCUGGCAUGCGGCCCUUUGCUCCCCCCGGCAUGAGCAUGCCGCCCGGUGCUUUCAUGCACCCGAACGGUCCGCAGUUUGCCCCCGGGUUCGCGCCCCCAAUGUACCCGCAGCACUUUGGACCGCCUCCACCCCACCACCCCAUGCAUCCGGGCCACCACCCUGCCGGACCGUUUGUCGCUGUCACACAGGGUGGAUACGUCGCUGUAUCUCAGGGUGGGAUGACCAGCCCGGUGCAAGCGCCAUUCGGCAUGCGGUCGCCCAAUCAAAUGUUUGCCGGGCCUGGCAUGAUGCAGGGAAUGAUGCCGCCCAUGGAGCUGAUGCAGGGCCCGAUGGGGCCGAUGAUGGUGCCUGGACCGAUGGGCCCGCCGCACAUGGGACAGGUCUGGGGCGGAGGUGAGCGUGGGGGUAAUCACCAUCAUCAACACCAGCAACAGCACCCGCCCCCGCACACUCAUGCUGGGAAUGUGGCGGCGGAACCGACACCGUCCGCCACCACGGCCCCGCCUGCGGAGGAGACGCCUGCAGCUACGGAGUGAGUGAGGGUCGCGUUUGUUCCCCCCCCCUUCCCCCCCUUUUUUUUGGUGUUGUGUUUCCCAUCGGACUGUAUAACCAUCCAUGUGUACGGUCGCCUUCUUCGUUUGUUUGGGAGCUAUGGAAUACGAAUCUUCCGAGCCUGUGUUGCGUAUUUGGAUGUGAGGUGUCUUCCGCU